UCUUUCCCUGGACUCUGUUGGAUUCCUAACCCGUCCUCCCAGGCAGAACCCAGAGCCGCACUGAGGUGAACAGGUCCGAGGGCCUCGCUUCAGUCCUGCAGUCCAGGAUCGCUCUCCCUGACCCUUCGUCAGAUUUUCAGGUAGCCAUGACAACCAAAUCGAGCAGCAGUGUUCGGGCUGGUAAAGCUUCCUCCUCCCCCCUCCUGUCAUCUCCGGCUCGUCAACGCCUCGUCACCAAAGAUGGACGCUGUGCUCUCCGCCCGCCCCUCUGCCCUUCAGGCUCAUGGCACCGGUCUUGGACCAGAUCCUGGCUGCUGGCUCUGCAGGACCUGUGGGGGCUGCUGGUGGGUCUUCGCUGGAGGUGGGUCCUACUGGCCUUCUGCGCCUCCUUCCUUGCCCACUGGCUGCUGUUCGCUUGCCUCUGGUACCUACUGGCCCAUCUGAACGGGGACCUCAAUGUUGACCAUGACGCUCCCCCGGACGGUCAUGUGGUUUGUGUGAAAUACAUUACGAGCUUCACCGCUGCCUUUUCCUUCUCUCUGGAGACACAGCUGACCAUCGGUUAUGGCACCAUGUUCCCCAGUGGAGACUGUCCCAGCGCUAUAGCGCUGCUGGCCGUGCAGAUGCUGCUGGGGUUGAUGCUGGAGGCCUUCAUUACAGGUGCGUUUGUAGCCAAGAUCGCUCGUCCUCAGAAGCGAGCGGGAGCCAUCCAGUUCAGCCCUCAGGCGGUGGUAGGCCAACACCAGGGUCAGACGUGCCUCACGAUCCGAGUCACCAACCUGCUGCCGCGCCCUCUGGUGGACGUGAAGGUUAGUGGCGUCCUCUACGAGGAACAUGAGGGCCACGCUCUGCACCAGACCUCUCUGGACCUCCACUUGGACCAUCUGGGCCAGCAACCAUGCCCCUUCUUUAUUUUCCCACUCACGUUUUACCACCCCCUGGACCGCAGGAGUCCCCUCUACCCCACACUGUGUGAAGGCUCCUCCAACCACUUUGAACUGGUGGUCUUCCUCACAGCGCUGCAGGAGGGAACUGGUGACUGCUGCCAGAAGAGGACAUCCUACUUGCGGCAGGAAAUUCAGUUUGAACGCCGGUUUGUGCCCGCCCUGGGUCUGGAUGCUCGGGGGAGGUACAUGGUGAGCACUCAACACUUUGACACCGCCCACUCCAAGGAACCUUUGAGCAAGGACUGUGUGGUGCAGAUCAACGGUGACGGCAGCGACAGGAUGGAGUAAGGAUAGGGAACGGGAGCUCCCACAAGGACAGCAGAGAGUUUCUAGUGCUCACUGAUGCUCGUCAGGACAUGUUUGGUUGAAUUUGGUGCAACAGUUUACGUUUUUUUUAAUGUUUGAAAUCAACAUCUAAGUCACACAUGGAAAAUUCCUUCUUCCGAUUACUUGUAUUUGUCAGCUCCUGUCCAGCUUCCACCUGAUAAGAUGCAGGUGGAGGUGGCCAGCUGGCACAAACAACACGAGACCCGUUGCUUUUCAAGGAAGUCAAGACGUCUUGCUGCGUUACAGCCUCAACCAUGGUCUGUCAUUUAUUACAAAAAUCUACGGAUAACUGACAUUUUUUCUUUCCAGUUUAACUUUAAUUAAAAACCUUAAAGAUCAAGAACAUUUUCUCCCUAUUUUCUCUUAGAUAGUUGAUGUCUAUGAAGAUCUACUCUGUCUACCAUUUUGGAGACAUUUCGUUCCAGAUUGCUGCAUCAGCGCUUUUUGAGAAAUAAAGAACAAGCUGAUUGAAUUGGAACUUUUCCAGAAGGACAAGUGUGAACAGAUGCUUUUCCAGAUUAGUAGUUAGUUCAGCUGUUUAGAGCAACAGCAAUGAAGUUUGAUUCGAUAAAUCAAAGAAUAUCACCACAGUAAUUGUCGCUCCAGUGAAGGCUGAGCAGUGGGAGGAGCAGCUGCCCUUCAAGUGGGCAGUUGCUGGAUCGAUCCCCAGUCCAGUUGUGUGCCGAAGUGUCCCUGAGCGGGACUCUGGACCUUACGUUAUCCUCAGCUGCUCACGGUGCCCCUCCAAAGCCGGGAGGGAUGUGGAUGUUUGCGUCAGGAACAUCUGUUGUGAAUCCUACAAUCCUUUGGCACAAGACGAUCCGCUGUGGCCAUGCCUACAAAGGGAACAGCUGGAGGAUGGUGUUGCAUUAGUGGUUUUUAUCUGUUAUCACAUUUAACGAGUUUAACGAACAAAGCAGGUACUCGACAGAAGUUUGUGAGUCUCUGCAUUUUCAGCUGGAGAUCUUUCGUUUUCCACCACAGAUCCUUCAAAAACACAGCCGCAGGUGCUACUACCAUUACUGUUCUCCACCUGUCUCUGUCUCACCUGUCCCUUUUUCACCUGUCCCUGUUUGAGUCUGAUGUCUCUUUAAUGAACGUUAGCGCUGCAUUUACACCACAGCUAGCAUUGAAUGCUAACAUUCAACACUGGCACUUCAUCUCGCGUUAGAUACCAGAUUAAAAAGUAAAUAUAACUAAGCUAGUAUGUGACAUUACAGUAAUAUUAUAUUUAUGUUUCAGAUAGCAUUUAAUGCUAGCAUUUCAACAUCUGACAUCAAGUGCUGAAACGUGAAUGUUUGUUUACCACCACUUACAUUACAUUUACAUUAUAAUCAACCAUUUAUUGUAACAUUUGAACGGUUUGAUGUUAGCAUUAAAUGCUAGCUUAAAAACAUGUAAAGAAGCGUUUCCAUUCUUAGCGUUUUUUGUUAAAUUCGUCCCUGUUUGUGGACAUCAUGAGCUCAACUCUUUCCUUAUAUAUGGCUUAAACAGAACAACACACUGGCUGUGGGUCCCCAUAAAGACAUACUCGGGUUGCUAUGGCGACCAUGGCAUCACAAUGUGGCCACUCUCAUCCGUCCAUCCUCCCACAUCUGCUUCUUCCUCUCUGCUCACAUGAAAUAUGUUUGCCUCCAUGAUGUGAAGAUGAAAUUCUACAAUUCAGUUUCUUUUAUGAAUAAAUCGGUCUUAAAUUCUGCAAUCACAGCUCUGACUUUAAAAUGUGGGGAACAGAAUUUUCCAGCUUUAACAUUAAAGUAAAAAUACAGUUAAAAUGAAAGGAUUCAUUGAUCCAGGUUAAAGGACUUUUCACCGAUUAGCACAAACAUCUCAAAUGUCAGACUUCCGGUCAGCUGAGAUCAGUGGUGACUAAUAGAGGGCAGAUUUUGAUUAAAUUCUCAGAUUAAGCCUAAAUGAACAGUAGCAUGUCGCUGCUAGCCAAACAUAGCUCAUUAUUUUGCAGCUGAAUGAUCUCCACCCUACAAGAAUCUCUCUAUGAGGAGAACCUGUUUUGGCUUAUUCCUGUUCCACCUGAAGAAGUGUGUACAAGUCUGAACAGUCGUUUGUCAACGUGAGUCGGCUCUGUGAAUCACUCACUUCCUGUCCAGCAUAAAUCAGACUGGUAGCUAAAAGGAGCGCUGCCUCUCAUUUACCUCAGAAGUCGGAGGUUGUAAUGACAUCACGUGUGAGCCGACGGCAAUGCGGUUGCACAAUUGGUCAGACAAGCCACUGCUGGUGCUAGCCACUGUUAGCAAUGCUAGUUCAUAACAACAUACACGUACGAGGUAUUUAGCACGUACAAACAUAAUGGCAACACCUCCUCUGAUAAAAAGCCAACAGUACUGCGUAGAGUUAAUGUGAAUGAAAUCAGACAGACCUAUGAGAAACAGUAAGGUAGUCGAGCGUUGACUUUGGUGAUGGCAGCGGCUGCCAUGUUGUAUUCUGAAAUCAGGGCAGAAGGGGCUUCUCUGACUUAAUAGUUGGAAUUCUGAUUGCAAGGGGUGUUUUAUUGAAUAUUUUUGCAAGGAACUGAGAAAUUUUGACUUCUGAGUUCAAACCAGCAUGGCUGAAAUAUUUACUGAAUUUAUUUAUUCACCUCCACUAAAUGUUUGAUAUAUACUGAAAGCAGAAACUGUUGGGCUGAUGUAGAUUAUUCAAAACCAGACAAAUUAAAGCAGUGAUUCUUACAUUAACAUUUACUUAAUUUUUUUUACAGACUGAAUUAACCCAAAAUGUUUCAUGUUUUUCUCCUUCAGUUUGUUUUUUUGAUGAAUGUCAAUUUUUGUAUUUCAGAUCUGAAACACAUUUCAAGAAAAGUUGAUAUGGGAUAUUUUAGGAGGUGAAAGAAAAUGUAUGUUAUUUCAGGUGAUGGUAACAUGUCAUGUUUUAAACUACUAUGGAAAAAGACAAGUCAUGUUGUUAAUUUUGUGUAGAGGAAAUAUCUCUGGACUCAGUGGCAUCUGGGAUGGACCAUCUUCAUGGAAACAAGGAUUGUACUGGCUGAGGAGUGCCACAAAGCUCUAUAUAAGGACCUCUGCUUCUUUAAUUCUACAUGAUAACACACAGAAUCAUAUGGUGUUAAUUAAUACAAAUGUCAGUUUAUAUGCAGAUGACACUGUGAUGUAUGUCCCUAAUGUAUGUCAUAUGUUUAAAGAGAAGAAAUGUAUGCUCCAUACCAAAGAGGAAAACAUUAAUCCAGACUUUUAUUAGGAACCUGUCCAGUAUGUAGACUCUGUGAUAGUCUAGGGGUGUGUCAAUGUGCACAGCUCAUUUCCACUUAUGUGAUGGCAGCAUUAUUACAGAAAAGUUCAAUAAGAUGUUAAUGCAACAUCUGCUGCCUUCAGUACCACAUCUGUUCCUCUGUUCAGAUAUUCAUAAAUUGGAAAUCAAAGUCUGGAGACAUUACAAAGACAUGGCCGAGGAAGAAGAGGGUAUGAUACUGGACUGUCUGCAGUCCUGAUCUGUCCACAGCAUACUGAAACUCUGUUAAUGUCAGAACGUCCUCGAAGUCUUAUGAGGAGAAAUGGCAGCGUUGCAAAGUGGUAAAAGCUUUACUUUUUCAACUUUUUAGAAUAUGUUGAAAUGCAAAAAUAGAUGUAUGUUAACUGAAAUGAAGUUAAUAUCUUGUACUCCCAAGAAAUACACACUUUCCAUUUGGUCCCAACUUUUGCUGAUUGGGGCUGUAUUUCCUGUCAGAGAGAUGAGAACACAUUUAAGACACAGACUGAACAACAGAGUCCCGUUUUGUCCAGGUUUUUAGCUGAUCACCAUGAAGAAGCAGAUUGAGUUCAGAUUUCGCUUUGUGGUCGGGACGAUGGCGUCACCAAAUGGAGUCUGUGAACACUGGAGGUGAAGAUAUUUGGAUUCAUUCAGUGCGAACAUCAUGACUACAUUUCCCACCAACACCAUUUAAUUUUCACCUACACGUAGAAGAAUAAAACAUAAAAGUAGGCAGGACACCGCUGGAGAACCAGGACGGGCCUUCACAGCUGGCUGUAGCCUUGGUUGUUACAGCUGGUAUGAAGAGAGUCCUGAGGAAGCAGUAGAGAGACAGACCUGAGCGAGGGCCUUCACUCUCCUGAUCAAUGAUUUCCUCUGCUUCUGUGAACAAAUGAGCUACAGAAGUGAACGACUGAAAUCUUCUUCCAUGUUCAUCAACACUUUCAAUGGUUGUAAUCUCACCGCCAGUCUGGAACUGCUGCAGUUUUUUCAGUUUCAUUUCAGAAAACAAGUUAUUCAGUCUUUGUUAUCUGAUGCUAGACUGAGCUGCACGCCACACGGCUCAGUGACGACUGAUUAAACUAGACUUAGUGCUGAUUGAUUGGUAGAUUAAUGACAAAUCAUCACCUAAAAUGUUAUUACAUUAAAAAAUAUAUGUAUUAUAUGCAGAUUGUCCAGUAAUUAAUGUGUUUAGAUGUAACUGAGAAAGCUAGGAGAGUGGGCAGUGUAGUAAAUGUGAGUUUGUAAUAUAUCAUCACUAAUGGUUGUUUUUAUUAUUGAAAUCUUUUUCUGUAUUUUUGGAAGACAUCAUGUAGAAAACUUCAAACCAGUCAGGAAAUAUUCUACGAAAUGUGAUUUUGAAGAAAAAAGAUCUCAACAAAUCUCCCACGCUUUAGUGCCUUUGUACAGUGUACAUGACAGGAAAUAAAU